ACCGAGCCACGCGGGCGCCGCCGAGAACGGAUGGAGACCGGCCUGCGGCUGCGCGCACUCAGCCACUACCAUCACCACUGCGGCGGUGGCUACGGCGGCGGGCUCGCGGCCAUGCGUGGCGGCGUGGCCUCCUCCUCUUCCGUGUUCUUCUCCCUUGCUGCGAGUGGGAAUGGCAAUGGCGCGGCGGUAGGCCCCGUGGGGAGCGGCGUGGAGGUGGAGCGCGCCAAGAGGACGCUUCAUGUCGUGCUGGUUUCGCCUCUGGUAGCCCGCUCCGUUUGCGCCUCCAUUUCUGUUGUCGAUUGGGUCAAUUGCAAGGACAUGUGCAGCAUCGGCAGUAGGUCUGCAUCUUGUUGGGGUAAGCCAUUAGGUUAUAAGGUAGGUGACACGAAAUUGAAGCGUGCAGGAUUGGAUUAUUGGCCAUAUGUUGUUAUCAAGAUUCAUGACUCAUGGGAUGACUUCCGUGAUUAUUGCAUGAAGCAGGAAGGAGAAAAAAGGCUGUUGGCAUUUACCAAAAGAGGCAAAAACAUUCAAGAUGGCCUUGGUGGUGGAACAAUCCGAAUUCCGAUGGUGGAAACCUAUGUCCGGUGCCUGAAUCUCUCGGUCAGCGUCGGAAUAGCACUGUAUGAAGCAACCAGACAGCUGAACUACGAGCAGCUUCAGUAUCAACCUGAGCUCCCAGAGGAAGCACAAGGACGAUUCCAGCAGAGGAUAUUUAUGCAUCAAAACUUUUAGCUGAGAACAUUUCGAUGGCACACUCAAAAUUUUGAUACUAUUUGCUGUGACACAUGAACCUAUGAUUGAGCUGAAGGACCACGCCGGAUUCUGUUACAAAUUCAAUUCCAAACCUACUCGUUGUCGAGGUGUUCUUCA